AUUCGCUCUGGGCUCCGGAUCCCGCGGCAGCCGGGAGUCUUAUUUUCUGUGGGCAGUAAUACUGAAGGCAGAGAUCACAAGUAGGCAGAGAGGCAGACAGAGAGAGAGAGGAAGGAAAUCAGGCUCCCUGCUGAGCAGAGAGCCCGAUGCGGGGCUCGAUUCCAGGAUGCUGGGAUCAUGACCUGAGCUGAAAGAAGAGGCUUUAACCCACUGAGCCACCCAGGCACCCCAGGCAACCUGUAUCCAAAAGGAUGGAGUUGGGAAAAGGAAGACUUCUCAGGACGGGGCUGAAUGCCUUGUAUCAGGCGAUCCACCCCGUCCACGGCCUUGUCUGGACUGACGGGCAUCAGGUCAUCCUGACUGAUUUACAGCUUCACGGCGGAGAGGCCAGGUUCGGGGACUCCAAGGUCAUUGCACAGUUUGAACACGUAUAUGGAGUGUCCUGGGCACCCCCUGGUGUGGCUGACGUGCCCGCUCUGCUCGCGGUCUGGCACAAGAAUUAUGUCACUGUGGGGCAGCUGUGUCCCAGCACUAUGGAGAAAAGCCAGUGGCUGAUGUCGUGGACCUGUGAGAUUAGAGAAUCACACCCCGUCCUUCCCCAGGGCUGUGUGUGGCAUCCAAAGAGUGCUGUCCUGGCUGUGUUGACGGCACAGGCUGUGUCAGUCUUCCCAAGUGUCCAUGGUGACAUUCCCCCGGUGAAAGCAGACAUCGACACCAGGGGCCUCAUUCACUGUGGCUGUUGGACCCGGGAUGGCCGGAGGCUGGUGGUGGCAGUUGGCAGCAGCCUGUUUUCCUACAUUUGGGACAGCGCUCAGCAGACUCUGUGCAGGUGCUCUUUCUACCCGGUGUUUGAUGUGGACAGCUACGUGCGCUGCAUCAGGGCCACCGCGGGCUCACAGGUCGCUGUAGCCACUGAGCUUCCACUAGAUAAGAUUUGUGGCUUAAAUGCGUCUGAAACCACGGAUGUCCUGCCUGAUGAGGAAGACACUCGUCUGUGUGCUUCACCGGUUCCUGAAGGGGCACCCACCGGGGAUCAGGGGGCCCUUGAUUCCGAGACGAAUUUUGAAACCUCGGGUUCUCCUGUUUCUCAUUCCUUUUCAGAUCCUCUAGAUCUAACUCAUAUACAUUUCAAUACCUCCAAGCUGGAGGGUAGUUCUCUUAUUUGUCUGAGAAAAAAGGACUGCUUGACAGGAACUGGCCUGGAUGCCUCACAUUUGGUCCUUGUGACCUUUGAGAAAGAGGUCACGCAGACCAGAAAAGUCACCAUUCCUGGCAUUCUGGCUCCUGAUCUAAUAGCAUUUAAUCCUAAAGCCCAGGUGGUCGCGGUGGCUUCCAAUACUUACAAUGUCAUUUUUAUCUAUUCUGUCAUUCCCUCGCGUGUGCCAAACACGCGGCAGAUUCAAUUAGAGAGAAGUGAAAAGCCAAAAGGUAUAUGUUUCUUGACAGAUAAGUUACUAUUAAUUUUGGUAGGAAGACAAAAGCCCACUGAUGCGGCAUUUCUUCCUUCUUCAAAGACUGAUCAGUAUAUCCUUCAUUUGAUCGUUAGGGAAGUAACGUUGGAAGAAUUUCCAGUAACAGUGGGUGAAAACCAGAAGGGAGGCUCAACUCUCAGUACUCUGUUAAAUAAAACAGACGGGAAAAAGCGAAUUGAGAGUCUUUCCCCAGAUUUUUGUCCCCCAAACAGAGGGCUCGUAACAGCUCAUGGCAGUGGGCAAAGCGGGCGGCCCGGAAGACCCCUUAUUGAAGAAAUCAGAAGUCCUCCGGCCAGGGUCUGGGACGGCUCCUUUGCCCUUGACACUGUAGCUGCCCAGCCUGUUAACCGCUCACCGCCACGGCCCAGAUCUGGCCCCACACCCCAGCCCGCCCUAACUCCCACACCUCCUGACUGGCCUCCAAGCAAGAACAUACAAAGGGAAAAGGAAAUUUCCCAGCUGUCUAAGGAAAUAGAAAUUUUAUCUAGGACCCUGACGGAAGUGCAGCGACGUCUCUCCGAACUCACAGACCUUCUACAAAAGGAGAGGCCCUCUGCUGCGUAUCCUCUCUCGCAGGAUCUGCCCUAUGUGCACGUGACUUAUCAGAAAUCUUUCUGUGUAGGUCCUGCCGUUGAAAGAAGAGCCAUGCUCCUCUGCAAUGGCAAAUUAAGUCUGAAGACAGUUCAGCAGACUUUCGGCCUCUCUCUAAUCGAAAUGCUCCAUGACUCACACUGGAUCCUUCUCUGUGCAGACAGCGAAGGCUUUAUCCCGUUAACUUUCACGGCCACUCAGGAAGUAACCAUCAGAGACGGCAGCGCAAAGCUCUUCACAGACUCUCAGAGCCUUAAUCCUGCUCCUUCUCUCGAAGUCUUGAGAGAGUCUGACUGUCCAGAGUGAGGACGCCGCUGGCUAACCCACCCAUUUAGGCAGUACGGCCUGAUGCUUCUUUGUGCAGUAUUUGCUGCACAUGAGGCCAUUCAGAGGAGAGCUGUUGUCCACCGUGGACUCUCCUCGGCUGGGAUUCGCACUGUCGCUCAGAGGUGAAGCCCCUGCCGUGGUUGCCUCGGCUGCUUUUCCUCCUUGUCUCCUGUACGCCGACCCCCGGGCUGCAGCUCCCUGCUGUCUAGCAGAGCUCAGUCUUUGUUAGAUGGCUCAAAAAGUGGUUGUUUACGUAUUCGAGACUGUGUGGUUUUGUCUAAGGGCAGGAUUCCCAGAACAAAACAGUAUUCUGGUGCCAUAUGGAUUGUGUUUUUCGGUUUCUUUGAGGUUUUCUGUCCCUUGCCCAAAACCCGUUAAAGCUGUCUUAGAAGCACUUAAAAGGUAUUUUAACGUUGUUUUAGAUUAUUUUCUUGGCUUAGAGAUGAGAGCAAGAGGUCCUGGAGAACAUGGGCUCUGGCAUAUCCUUCUUAACCCAAACCAGCAGCAAUCAGCAGAGCUCAAAAGAAGACAAAAAAAAUUGAUUGACCUCUGUCCCCAGAGCUACCUAGAACAGGAAGUACUUCUGAUGUUGGCUGGACCUUCCAGAGUUUAAGCCUAACUAUCUUGCCUCCUUAAAAGGUUCUGGGAGGGGCACCUCGGUGGCUCAGUGGGUUAAGCCUUUGCCAUCGGCACAGGUCCUGAUCCCAGGGUCCUGGGAUCGAGCCCCGCAUCAGGCUCUCUGUUCAGCAGGAAGCCUGCUUCUUCCUCUCUCUCUCCCUCUUUCUCUGCCUGCCUCUCUGCCUUCUUGUGAUCUCUUUGUCAAAUAAAUAAUAAAAUCUUAAAAAAAACUUCUGGCGAACUAAGGUCCAGAUACUCCUAAAAACUAGCCCUGGGCAAAUUUCAAAUGAAAUUUCAAGUGCUUUGACCCCUCUGGACCCCACUCGAGUGUGUGCUUAUGUUAGUAGUGCGAUGGCAAGCACCCGUGAGGUCUAAGGCAUGAUUUCGUGCUAUUGCCACCCCCGAUUUUCUCCCUGAAAUGCCUUUUUUUUUUUUAAUUCCAGUUUGGGGAUCAUAAAAAUGUCCUAUUUUUCUCCCAGUAGUCAAUUCCCUUACUUCAACUGUCACUUCAAUUUUGAUGUUUUUCUUUACCCACCAUUCAAGUCUUAGAGACCAGCAAAGAGUCUGUGAGAGACAGUCAGAAAACUGGAAAUUUCCGUGAAUCUGGGGUAGGUAAAAAGUACUAGCUUAUAAUUACGGACUCAAGUGCCAACUUAGUAAAUGGAGAGAGCCCUGAUUGCAACUUCACACAGACACACCACUUCUCAAACAGAAUCAUAAAUUCCAGGGACAGAUGCCUGAUAGAUCGAUGAGUGUGUGGCUGGUCAGGGCAGCUCCGCGGAGAAAUUGCCUCGGCCAUAGAGGUUCCAUUAGCACAGACGCAUACCCCACUCCCCACUCUCCUUGAAAAUUAUCUGGAAAGGUUUCAUACCCUUGGGGACUCCUGUCUGUCUGUUCCCGUUUAUGAAGAUGGAGCUGGGAGAGGGUUGAGGCGAGGGCCCAUCUUGCGGUUUAAUUGCAUUAGCGGCUGCUGGGAUAAUGGACGUGGGGCCGCUGGUCUGUAAUCAGGUGCCUGAGAGCCGAGGCUGAGGACAGCCUGAGGCCUGGCUCCUCUUGCAGAGAAAGUGUCUGGGCGGGAUAAAAGCACAUGAUUUUAUGGGGCUUGGGGACCCCAUAGGAAGAUCAGUGCCGGUGCCUCAAGGUACGUACAGGUUAUGACUGCCAUUUCCCUAGUCAGAGUCCUGUGAAUGAGUCCAUAAAAUCACUAAUGCUUGUUGUGGCCGUUUUAAAUGUUCUGAUGGUAUUUUCUCUGCCAGCAUUGCUGGUAAAAAGCAAAGUUCUUGGUUUUAUGUUUGUGGACAUUGUCUCUGUAUUUCUUCUUGUGGACAGUCUGGCACAUAAAUUACGUAUUUUUUUUACAACAAAUCUGAUUCCAUGACAACUAUCCUAUGAAAAAUACCUCCUUGACCUCUGCUGCUAUUAUUAUUAUUAUUAUUUCACCGAGAGAGAGAGAGAGAGAGAUAGUGAGAGAGGGAACACAAGCAGGUGAAGUGGGAGAGGGAGAAGCAGGCGUCCUGCUGAGCAGGGAGCCGGAUGUGCAGCUUGAUCCCAGGACUCUGGGAUUGUGACCUGAGCGGAAGGCAGACGCUUAAUGACCGAGCCACCCAGGCGCCCUGGCCUCUGCUAUUAUUAUAGUCAUUGGAGCAAUAGAAGAUAAUCCAGUAUUUGCUGGCUUCGGAUAUAGGUACAGAAGAGCUAUAAUCUUUUAAUUAUUGUUAAAUGUUCUGUUGAGAAUAUUUUGCAUAGGGAAAAACAUUAUUUACAAAUCCCAUUUGGUGCCCAAAUUUUUCUAAAUUUUGUAUGAGUGUUGUUUGAUAUACACAGUACAUAUAAAGUAUAAGAAGGCUUAAUUUUAAAAAAUUUUAUUUAUUUUUUGACAGAGAGCACAAGCAGGGGGAGUAGUGGAGGGAGAGGGAGAAUCAGGUUCCCUCCUGAGCCAGUAGCUGGAUGGACGCGGGGCUCAAUCCCAGGACCCCAGGGUCUUGAUCUGAGCUGAAGGCAGCUGCUUAACCAACUGAGCCACCCAGGUGGCCCAGGAAAACUUAAUAAUACAAUGAGCCACCUACCGCCUAUUUUUUUUUUAAGAUUUUAUUUAUUCGACAGAGAGAGAGAGAGAGCACAAGUAGGAAGAGCAGCAGGCAGGGGGGUGGGGCAGGCUCUCCACUGAGCAGAAAGCCAGAUGCGGGGCUCAAUCCCAGGACCCUGAGAUCAUGACCUGAGCCAAAGGCAGAGGCUUAACCCACUGAGCCACCCAGGUGCCCCACUUACUGCCUAAUUUAAGAACCAGUUUACUAGAAACCAUUCUGGAUCCUUUUCUAUAGAGAGAACUCUACCCCAGAGGUAACUAAUCUUCUUGAUUGUUGUAGUGAUCAUUCAUUCCUUUCAUUUUUUUACAACAACCACCUACACACAUUGGCCUAAACAACAUAGUGUUUAUGUCCCCUUGUAUUUGAACUUUAUACAAUGGUGUUAUAUUGUAUAUAGUCCUCUGCAGCUUAACUUUUCCCCUCAAUAUCAUUUCUAAGAAUCA